AUGAAACUUUUUUCAUUCAUAGCAGCAACUGCAUUCAGCCUGGACCUCAACGGCGUUUGGGUGAAUAGAGAUGGAGAUUUGUACCAGUUUGACGAGGAGAAACUUUUUAUUAUCGGAAAUGAUAAUUCUGUUCAACAGACAACGUUUUCCACGAUUGAAGUGAAUGGAAUUUCUAUUCUCAUGUUCACCGAUCGAGGAAACCGACGAGGCGGUACUAUUGAUGAAGCCACAGAGACUAUUAACUUUGGCGCGGACUUCGGGAUUCUCCAGCGCUUCGACGAAGAGCGAAACGGUGAUCCAACCACAACUGAGACUCCAGAAACAACAACACUUUUCGCUCCAUCUCCAUUCGCAGACAUCUCUGGAGAAUGGACUGCCCCGGAUGGAACUGUUUACGCCCUUGUAGAAAAUGAUGCUGGAACUGGGGUGAAUAUCUUUGCAACGAAUGACGUUGACGGUCUUGUUUCAAUGAUCCAAGAUGCGGCAGUAGCCUUCAACGCUGAUGGCAGUGUAACAAUCACUGGAAAUUCUAUUGCUGGUACCACGACAGGUCCAUUCGAAAUGGUCGUGGCUUCAUCUAAAAAUGAUGCUACAAUCAACGGAGUGGCUGGAACAAUCAAAAACGACCCCAUUACGACCACAGCAGCGUCUACAUCUGCUCCAGCAGGAACAUCAACUGCAGCUCCACCGGCAGCGAGCUCAACCACCGCUCCUGCUCCGACAACUGCUCCACCAUUAGUCACUUCUCCAGCAGCUUCAACAACAGCGCCUGGUGGUGACACUGGCAUUAACCCUGGCGUCGGUACUACUACUGCUGCUCCUGGCGGUACUAAUUCAACUAUGCCAGGCUCAGGAAGCGGAGAUGGUGAUCCUCAUUUUGUCAUCGAACACGACGAGUUCGACGCGCUCUGUUUUGAUGCUAACCCCCUUGGAGCUGAUGCUAUCGAGCUUCUUCAGGAUGGCAAUGUCGACAUCGUCGGUCAUCUCGCAGACGCUAACUUUUCUAAGCAAAAGCGAGUCUUCGAUGCAAUCGUCUUCACAACUUCGGAAAACGAAAUCUCAGUCACUUCUGGAGAGUUUUCAGUAGACAAUGACGUCUUUGAAAUCAAAGAGAAUAUGGAACCAAUGAUUUUCUCCGGGUUUAAGGUGUACGUUCGACCACAAGCUUACUUCAAGCAUCAAGGAAUUGAGAUCCGCUUUGAUGAUGGAUCGAAGUACAUCACUCACGAGAAGCAACAUGGUGACAAGAUGAGUUUGGGGGUUGAGUUUGAUAUUCCAAACGUUAACCAUGCCUCAGGCCUUCUUGGAGCUGCUCUGAAGCCAAAUCUCUACGUGAUUGAAGACGAUCAAAUUGUGACUGACCAUGGCGAGAUUCCACUUUUCGCAACUUCUUGGAAUCAUCACAGCUUCUGUCACUUUCUCGAAGAAGACCAGCUUGAGAAUCUUAUUGGAACACCACUUACCGCAUUUUAUCGACAAAGGGCCGAUCUUCUCGAAUUUACUCAGCCAAAAUAA